AUGCCACCCAAAGUGUCCCAAACGUCAGCCAAACGUCAGGGCAACGUGUUGGAUUUGCUUAAAAGACCCCAAACAUCUUACACCAUAGACUUGACAGAAGAAGAUGAUAAUAGCCAACAUCAACAGGUUAAGGACGAGAUAGACCAAGAUCACAACGUUGCCUCAGUAUUAUGUCCCAUUUGUGAAAUCACAUUAGAUACAAUGACCAUGGACGUUCGUGUUCGUCAUGUGGAAUCCUGUAUGUCUGUAAUAGCCAUAAGUGAACUCAGCCAAGUGACAUCAAUAAAGGCGGACAGUGAACUCACCCCAGUGACAUCAAUAAAGAUGGACAAUGAUGGUGGCAAAAAGAUACCGACUACUCCUAAGAAACCUAAAUUGGAUCGUGAACGGUAUGUCAACUCCAACGUAUCGGUAUUGACAGAAUCUAAAGUUAUCAAGGUUCCCUCAAAAGUGAUUCAACAGAAACCCCAUAAAAGACCGAUUCCCCAGUUGAAGAUUAUGACGUUCCCUAAACUGGACGACAACUCAGAGUCUUCGUCAUUCCAAGUAGCAGUGGACGCUUUCAGUUAUGCAAUUCAUGAGAACAUAGACAAAUACUUUCUAACCCAUUUCCAUGCUGAUCAUUACGGAGGUAUAUCAAGGAAUUGGUGUUUCCAACGGGUGUUUGAAGUAGAUGAAACCGACUUCUCUGACGACUCAAGGUUCAAAAAAAUCAUCUACUGUACUCCAAUUACUUCCAGACUAUUGUCACUCAAGUUUGGGAUCGAUUUAAAGUUUAUUCAAGUGUUGGAGUUGGAUACAAGGUACUUUGUACACUCAUAUGAAGAUUCUGCACUGGAAUGCCAUGUUUCUCCUAAUGGGAUUGAACCAGGACUAUACGUCACACCAUUAUCAGCAAACCAUUGUCCCGGGGCAGCCAUCUUCUUAAUGGAGUCUGUUUCUAUACUGGGUGACAUCUACAGGAUUUUACAUUGUGGUGAUUUCCGUGUAUCUAAAGAGAUGAUAGAACAUCCAGUGCUUAGACCCUACAGUAUUAACCAACGAGAGUUACGACUAGACAAGGUAUAUCUUGAUACUACGUAUUUGGAUCCCGACUACUCUUUCCCAAAGCAGGAGAAUGUUUGUAAGGCAGUGGCUGAUAUGUUUGAAGACCUUAUACUGAAUCAGAAUAUGUUCACGUAUUGGUUUGGAACGCAAACGCAGUCCAGAAUAACAGACUUUAUAGCUCUGAAGCUCAUUUCUCAGACGAAACUAAAGAAGAAGAAGUUUUUGAUAUUGGUAGGAACAUAUUUGAUAGGAAAGGAAAGGAUUGCCAUGGCUAUACUGAAGAGACUUAAAUGUCAAAUCUUUGUACUGUGCAUUAAUGGAAGAAGAGAAAAGUUGGAGAUUGUGAAGUCUUUUGAAGAUGAUUAUCUUUCUGAUAAUCUUACAAUGGACGAUAUUGGAUUGAAUGAUGGUCCUGAAGCUCAAGGCAUGGUUCAUUUGGUUCCAAUGAAAAUCGUUUCCAGUAUGGAAGAAAUGGCCAAUUAUUUUCAUCAUAAUAAGUACUUUGAGUAUUUUGAAAUGUGUGUGGGGUUGAAACCUUCAGGCUGGACUUUCAAAAACAUGUAUGUUAAGACUGAUACUCCCAUGGAUUUGGAGCAUAUCAUUACUUCAAUGGCACUGAGUCCUCCGUACACAUUUAUGGAGAACAUCUUACCACAAAUACCACCGCCUGUUGAGAAGAGCUCUAACAAGCGAAAACAACGAACAACAGAUCCUCAUUAUCGAAUAUACACUGUGCCAUAUAGUGAACAUUCUUCAUUUAGAGAGUUGUGUUAUUUUUGUACAUUUCUACAAAUAGGUGAGGUUAUUCCUACUGUAAACACAGAGAGCUCUUCUAGUCGAGAAAGAAUGCAAAGGGCAAUUGAUCUGUGGGAACUUAUACGAGAACUAAAGAAUGGAAAUGGAGGUGGUAGUAAUGGUAUUGAACCCUCACUAAUACAAUCAAUCAAGGACCUUUCUUUAAACAGUUUUUGA